GGAGGCCGAGGCCGGGGCCGGCCCCUCAGGGCGCGUCUAGUCACAAGCGGCCCCUCCCCCUCCCCCUGCCUACGUGCGGCGCGAGCCCGGCUGCUGCUGAGCUGUGGCGGGUUUCAGUCAAGGAGUUGGAGGGAGCUAGUUCAAGAAACUAUGGAUCAUGCUCGAUCAGCAAUCUCCAACUUGUUUGGAGGUGGGCCGCUGUCAUACACCCGUUUCAGUCUGGCUCGUCAAAUGGAUGGAGACAGUCGUGUGGAAAUGAAACUGGCAGAAGAGGAGGAAGUUGGAGAAAAUGGAAUGACUGACCAUGUUCAUAGCCGUGUAGCAAAACCCAGAAAUAGUGGGAGAAACCUCUGGUGCAAGGUUGCUGCAGGAGGCCUCCUCUUCUUAAUUGGGUUUCUGAUUGGCUACUUGAGUUACCGUGGGAGAAUGCAGGCAACUAGCACUUGUUCAGAUGGAAGUAAUGCAUGUGGAAACCCUGCCAUUACACCUUCCCCAGAAUAUAACAAUGAGUACAUGGAAGAGCCUAAAACUGAAUCUGUCCUUUACUGGAAGGAUCUCAAAAUGAUGCUGUCAAACAAGCUGAGAGCUGUAAACUUUAACAAUGCCAGGAUGCUGACAUCUUAUGAAGCUGGCUCUGAAACAGAUGAAAGUCUUGCUAUCAAUCUUCAUGGUCAGUUAACUGAUUUCAAACUGGAUAAAGUUUGGAAUGAUGAGCACUACGUUACACUGCAGGUCCAGGGCAGCUCACCAAAUAAAGUGACUAUUGAGUCUUCAACUGAAACGGCAACAGAACUGCCAAUUACUGAUGGGUAUGUGGCGUACAGUGCAAGGGCAACAGCAACAGGUAAACUAGUCUAUGCUAACUAUGGCCGGGCAGAGGACUUUCAGGAACUAAAUAAGAUGGAUACCCCUGUAAAUGGAUGUGUGGUCCUUGUCAGAGCUGGGAAAAUUUCUUUUGCUGAGAAGGUUGCUAAUGCCGAAGGCUUGAAUGCAGUAGGUGUCUUGAUAUACCCUGAUCCUGCUGAUUACAAACUCCCUGAUAAUGAGGUUCUCUUUGGACAUGCUCAUCUAGGAACAGGUGACCCUUUCACCCCUGGCUUCCCUUCAUUCAACCACACUCAGUUCCCACCAGCUAAAUCUUCUGGACUCCCAGGCAUUCCUGUCCAAACAAUCUCUAGUGCUACUGCAGGAAAUUUGUUCAGGAAAAUGAAUGGAGAAGUCCCCUCUGAAAAGUGGAGAGGUAGCCUCUCAGAUUACAAAAUGAGGUCACAGAACACCAAAGUGACACUUGAAGUAAACAAUCAAAUGGUACAGAGAAAAAUUCAUAACAUCUUUGGCGUUAUCCAGGGUUUUGAUGAACCAGAUCAGUAUGUUGUGAUUGGAGCCCAACGAGAUUCCUGGGGUCCUGGAGCAGCAAAGGCUGGUGUGGGAACAGUCAUGCUGCUGGAGCUUGCCCGUGCAAUUUCUUCCAUGGUAAAAACAGGUGGCUAUAAGCCCAGAAGAAGCAUUGUCUUUGCCAGUUGGAGUGCAGGAGAAUUUGGAGCUGUUGGUGUCACUGAGUGGUUGGAGGGUUAUUCUGCCACACUGCACACCAAAGCCUUUGCAUACAUCAACCUGGAUGCUGCAGUUUUAGGUUCAAGAAACUUCAGGGUUUCUGCCAGCCCAAUGCUGUACAAAAUAGUGGAGCAGACUAUGAUGGAGGUGAAGUAUCCAGAAAAUAGAAGUCUGUAUGACUACAUUGGUUCUGACUGGACCAAAAAAGUUGUUCCCUUUCGUAUGGAUAAUGCAGCUUUCCCUUUUCUAGCAUAUGCAGGAAUCCCAGCCAUUUCAUUCAGUUUCUAUGAUGAUGAGGAAGGAUAUCCUUACAUGGGCACCAAGCAGGACAGUUGGAGCAGACUUGCCUCAUCUGUAACUCAGCUGGACAAGUUGCUUCAGACCGCUACAGAAGUGGCUGGCCAGAUGGCUAUUAAGAUGACAUAUGAUCACCAAUUUUACCUGGACUAUGAGCAAUACAACCAGGAAUUGCUCAACUUCAUAAUGAAGAUUAGCCCAUAUAAACAAGAGAUAAAAGGAAUGAAUCUGACCCUUCAGUGGCUGUAUUCUGCCCGUGGUGACUUCAGUCGAGCUACAGCUGCGCUGACAAGAGACUUCAAAAACACUGACCUUAACAACAAGCUCCUCUGCCGCUUGGUGAAUGACCGCAUCAUGAAAGUGGAGUACCACUUCCUUUCUCCAUAUGUGUCUCCAAAGGAUACUCCUCUACGUCAUAUCUUCUUUGGCUCUGGUUCCCACACUCUGUCAGCUUUGCUGGAUCACUUGAGCCUCCGGAAGACCAACCCAAGUGCCUUUAACCCAGACCUGUUCAAGAAUCAACUGGCUCUGGCAACCUGGACUAUUCAGAGUGCUGCUAAUGCCUUAUCUGGUGACAUUUGGAACAUAGACAAUGAGUUUUAAAUGCAUAAUGCAUUAACCUUAAUGCUGGGGUACAGAAACAGGGAACCCCACUCUUCCUCAAUGACCUAGUGAACACUUACACUAAAUCUAUUGACAGGGUAGUUGGAAACUUACAUUUUGAUCAAGUAAAACUCCAAAUUUGAUUUUUUUGAUAGGGAAACUUCACCAGCAGCUGUUCAAGCAGGGAUUUCAGCCUAUGCUCACUAAACACUACUGCUUGUGGUGCUGCCUUUCUGUCCUGCUUGAGAAUAAACAGGUCAGACUGAUUAAAGCAAGACAGUCUAUUCAAAUAUAAAUUCUGAUCUAAAACUAAAUUGGUACCUUUGAGUGGGGAGGUACCUUUAAAAACUCUCAGGUAGACAAUGUUGGCUUUCCCUUUUGAGGUCAGUCUUAAAGUUGGUGAAGGCAGAAGAUCGCCUUUGUAACAGUUCAUGGGGAAAUUCGUAAGUGUUUCCAGCCUCCCUUCUGGGGCUGUGAAGACAUCUUGACCUCAAGUAAAACUGAUUUUUUCACAGUAGUAGCCCUUAGCUGCUGAAAUAGUCAGGAAGUUCUGAAGUGUUUAGCCACCCUAAUACAUGAGUUACCAUGUGAAUGACCAUCUUGGCUUUCCAGGAAGAGGUGACUUAAAGACUAACCCCUUACAGAAAUUUACAUCACAAAGGGGAGGUGAAAUCCAAAUUUAUGCCCCCUUCAGUGUCCUCACUCAGUCCCUCUCAGAUAAAAGGGACCACAUGGUAACCAAUAGCUCUGGAUGGCUACAGCUGACAUUUCAGACCCUGUUGCUGUGAGGCCUUUCAUGAAAUCAAGUCCUUGCUUGCCAAAUUUUUGUUUGGCCAAGUAAGUUGGCAAAACUCACAGGAAGGCUCUCAUUUGGUACUGAGUUAUUUAUUUUUAUUUAUUUAUCAGUGACAGAGUUCACUAUAAAUGGCGUGGUUUUUUAUAGAAGAUAAUUAUCGGAAGCAGUGCCUUCCAUAAUUAUGACAGUUAUACUGUCGUUUUUGAAUAAAAGCAGCAUCUGCUAUUACAAUCGAACAUGAUACUGGAAUUUUGCAUUCAAAUAUUAAAAUGAAGCAAUGGUCCAUGAAGCUUAAAUCUAUUAGAAAAUUACCAGUUCAGCUUUCCAUGGUUUUCAGAUAUGGAGAUCUUGCAUAAGCGUUUAAUCUGGUACUAAAAGCACUCAUUUCUAAAGUGACUCCUGAAAAACCCUAAAUUUGAGAUACAAACAAAUUAAAAAUAACUGCAAUUAAGCCUCCCUUGGACUUGCUGCCUAGCCCAGAGGUCAGGCUUCUAUCUUACCCUGCUUCAGUUGAUGACCUCUGUAGUUGUACAGUGAGUGCAGCUCCAUAACCUGCUUUAGGCUUUGAUAUUGCAAGAAAAGCACCUCUGAGCUUGGCAGAUAAGACCUUUAAGGAUGCAUUAAUAGGGUUUAACCAUAGCCCUGGCUCAACCCUUGUUAAGCCUAGGGUGUUGUACACAAAUGCGGACUUGUACCUCUAAGAUCAGGCAGCAAUUUAAUCACAUGGCAGCUUUGCCGCAAAAUUUCCAGUACCUUAUGUAUCAUGAAAACCUAACUCACAUUAUCGGGAGCAGUGUCUUCCAUAAUGUAUAAAGAACAAGGUAGUUUUUGCCUACCACAGUGUUAUAUCGGAGGCAGUGUUCUCCAUAUGUUGCACUAAGGGUGUAUGUAAUUAUCGGGAACAGUGUUUCCCAUAAUUUUCUUAUGCUUAUCAUGCAAUGACAUCUACAGAGCUUGAUGGUUAGUAUCUAACAUGUAUCCUCAAAUUCCUGCAAUCCUAGUUCCACUUUCCUGUGUUGCAGAUGCAAAUGCUAGUGUGUAUUCUGUACCUGAAUGUUUUUUCAACCCACUUUGUAGGCUAAAUUGUUUCAAGUUGUGCUGUAAUCUAUUUAGUUGUGACUGCUGGGUCUGACUAUUUAGCAAAUAUUAGAAUAGUAAGGCUGUUUGACCUAUCUGAAAAAGGUGAAGGGAAUUGAUACAGUGAACAUACAGUGCUGGAUUUUUGAUAACUCCACUGUUUAGUAAGCUACAUUCAGUCUCUGUGGCAUAUCUAAGCAGUACAAUUUGAUUUUGUACUUCAAUCUACCUAGCAUCACUAGAGACUAGUCAAUUCAGCAGACAGCAAGGCUUUAGGGGGUCCCCAUCUGCUCACUAAUCAAAGACCAAGUAGACUUCCUUGUUCCUUCCAAUAUGUUAGUACUUCACUGGUAAGUUCCUCAAGCCUAUUUAGGUUCUAUUAAAUGCUGCUGUUUCUGGCUGCAGCCAAAAAGCAAUCUCCCUGCCCCAUUACAACAGGGUGCUGGUCUGAGCCCUCCAUGUGGCCCACUUAAAUACAACUGGUCUAGACUCCUGGUCCCUGUGCUGGAGCUGAAUCUGCAGAGAACUUAGACAGGACUUGUUCAGUGGCAGCUCAGGGAUGGGGGAGAGUAGCUAUUGCAAUUUGAGGCUUAAACAAGCCCUUGAGACUCCAUUAAUGAGCUUUGGUGUAAGUUGGUCCUGGCCAUCAUGAAAGACAGUUAAAUUUAAGUGCAUACACGAAAAUUUUCUGCUCUGAUGGCAUCCACAGCAACCUUGAUACUACUUACAAGGUGACCUUGUGGCACUCAGUCUCAAUCCUGUUUCACUGGUAAAACUCAUGUUGUGGUUGGAAGUUGUUGCCAUAGCACUUGCAUGCACCUUGAAUUCUUAGAUUCUGUAAACUUUGCCUGCUACUAAGCACAUGAAUAAGACAAACUGUCCUGUAGCUAGAUGAGUCGUAACUGAUUACUACAGGUUCCAGUCAUACUUUCUUGCUCUUGUACUAAAAUUUGACUUUGGGAUGAGAUUAAUUUGCUUUGUUCCUGCAUUACCUGCUUCUUGUUAAAUAAAACAAAACUUGAAAGCUUC